CAGCGUAGCCCUCUCAUGCACGGGCGCGAUCCCCGCCAGCAGCAGCCGGAGCCACUCAACAACCUAAACGCCAAUGGCCGCUACCAAAAUCGUAUGGUGGCCGGCUCCAAUAACUUUAAUGGCGCGACCGUUGGCAAUAUGGACGCUGGUGCGACUUGCCGGAUUGCCCGGCACUCGGUUCUGGGACAGCAGCAACAGACACGGAAUCUAAACAUCAAUAUGUCCACCGUCUCCUCGGCGCAGCAGCAUCACCAAUCCCAGCAUCGAUCGUCUACACGAGAAGUAACUGUCCAGCGGCGAUCGUACUAUCUUGCCAAUGGAGGUGGUCGAGUGAGAACGGAGAGCAGAACUAAUACAGUACACCCGCCAACGCCAACGCCCAGUUCCGUGCAAGCAUCAGUCCCUGCUCCUUCCGCUGCUGUUAAAACAACACCUACAGCUACUCCUGCCGCUCCCCCAACCGCCGCUCCAUUGACUGCGGAAACUAUACGAAAGCGCAUUAAAGAAAUCGGACGGAUUUAUCCACUUUGGCUACCCGAGUACAAGCGAAGGGCCUUCAAUGCUUCUAUGGACGAAAAGUACGUGGAGACCAUUUGGGCCAGCUUAAAGAAUGCAAUCCAGGAGAUACAGAAAAAGAACAACUCCGGGCUGUCGUUUGAGCAGCUUUAUCGAAAUGCUUACAACAUGGUUCUGCACAAGCACGGCAAUAGAUUGUACUACGGCCUGAGGGAGGUUGUUUCAGAGCACUUAGAGCACAAGGUGCGGGCGGACGUCCUUGAGGCUCUUCACAGCAACUUUCUGCCCAAACUAAACCAGGCCUGGACAGACCACCAGACAUCCAUGGUGAUGAUUCGCGACAUACUCAUGUACAUGGACAGGGUCUAUGUACAGCAGCGUGAGGUGGACAACGUUUAUAAUCUGGGAUUGAUUUUGUUUAGGGAUCAGGUGGUUCGCUAUUCGGAGAUUCAAAAAGCCCUGCGGGAAAAAUUGCUAGGCAUGGUUAUGGAGGAGCGACAUGGCGAAGCCAUCAAUCAUCUGGCGAUAAAGAAUGCGUGCAGUAUGCUGAUCACAUUGGGUAUCAAUUCGCGCACUGUCUACGAAGAGGACUUUGAGAAACCCUUCCUUGCCCAGUCCGCAGCGUUUUACAAAUUCGAGUCGCAAAACUUUCUUGCCGAAAACAACGCUGGCGUUUACAUCAAGAAAGUGGAGGCGCGCAUCACGGAGGAAUCCUCACGGGCAGCGCUCUAUCUGGAUAAGGAUACUGAGCCACGCAUCGUUCGAGUUGUCGAGGAAGAACUGAUCAAAAAGCACAUGCGACCCAUUGUCGAAAUGGAAAACUCAGGCGUAGUGUAUAUGAUCAAGAAUUCGAAGACCGAAGAUCUGGCCUGCACAUAUAAGCUCUUCUCGCGCCUGAAGGAGGAGGGCCUCAAGGUAAUAGCGGAUACCAUGUCAGCCUAUCUGCGAGAGCAGGGACGCAUGCUGGUCAAGGAAGAGGAAAACGGCAAUACGAAUCCCAUCACCUUCGUGCAGAACUUGCUGGAUCUCAAGGAUCGUUUCGACCAGUUUCUGGUGCACUCGUUCGCCAACGAUCGCAUAUUCAAGAACGUCAUCUCGUCCGAUUUUGAGCAUUUCUUAAACCUGAACAACAAGUCACCGGAAUAUCUAUCGCUAUUCAUCGAUGACAAACUGAAAAAGGGCGGCAAGGGAAUGAGCGAACAGGAAAUCGAGUCCAUAUUGGACAAGACAAUGGUGCUCUUCCGUUUCCUAUUGGAGAAAGAUGUCUUUGAGCGCUAUUACAAGACGCAUUUAGCCAAGAGAUUGCUGCUAAACAAAUCAGUCUCAGAUGAUUUCGAGAAGAACAUGAUAUCCAAACUAAAGACUGAAUGCGGCUGUCAAUUCACCUCGAAGCUAGAGGGCAUGUUUAAGGACAUGUCAGUCUCCAAUACGAUCAUGGAUGAGUUUAAAAACUUUGUAAAUAAUAACAAUUUAUCCUUGGGCGGUGUGGAGUUAACGGUACGCAUACUAACCACCGGCUUCUGGCCCACACAGACAGCAACUCCCAACUGCAAUAUACCCGCCGCACCUCGCGAAGCCUUUGACAUUUUCAAGAAUUUCUAUCUAAACAAGCACUCAGGACGUCAGCUAACGCUACAGCCACAAAUGGGUACCGCUUAUAUUAACGCUGUGUUUUAUGGCCGCAAAGCAGCCGAAAGUGAAAAGGAUAAGGAUGCACCCAGCUCCAGUUCAAACGGGUGUUCAGUGCCCACCACCACUCGCAAGCACAUUCUGCAAGUGUCCACAUAUCAGAUGUGCGUGCUACUGCUAUUUAACAACCGCGACGUGCUUACCUAUGAUGACAUCCAUCAGGAGACGGAUAUACCGGAACGGGAACUGGUCCGAGCUCUGCAAUCGCUGUCUAUGGGCAAACCAGCACAACGUUUGCUAGUGCGCAAUUCCAAGACGAAAACCAAGGACAUUGAGCCAACGGAUGAGUUUUACGUGAACGACGCUUUUGUCUCCAAGUUCCACAGGGUGAAGAUUCAAACGGUAGCUGCCAAGGGUGAAUCAGAGCCAGAGCGAAAGGAGACGCGCGGCAAGGUAGACGAGGAUCGAAAGCACGAGAUAGAGGCAGCUAUUGUGCGCAUCAUGAAGGCGCGCAAGCGCAUGGCUCACAACUUGCUGGUGUCGGACGUGACGUCGCAGCUGAAGUCGCGCUUCUUGCCCUCGCCUGUGUUUAUCAAGAAGCGCAUUGAGGGCCUUAUAGAGCGCGAGUAUCUGCAACGAUCCCCUGAAGAUCGUAAAGUCUAUAACUACUUGGCCUAAACGGCACUCGCAGAGAAACAAGAGCAUCUUAAGCAAGAUCCAGAUCACACUUAUCUUCAAACCGCCAGGGCUAGGAUACAGAAAUCAUAGAAAACUGCAGCUCAGAUAGCAUUGCACCUGAGCACACAAGCAGCAUUGAUAUUUUUUGACCAAAAUAACAAAUGACCGCCAGCCAAUAACCCGAAUGCAUAAAUAUAUCAAUUAGUGAGCCCCGAAAUGUGAAAUUUCGUUUCGCAACCCAUUUUGUAAGCCUGACAUUCAAAAUUGAAAAGUUUAAAAUACUGUUGGAUAAGGCACUACCAUAAUUAUUAUCCCUCUAAUAUAUUUCUUGAUAUUCUCUAAUUACUGUUUAUGGUCAUUUCUUUGCGCAUAACAAGUGUAUAGCAGUAAGCCAAGCCACACACAUAAGCAACACCCCAUUAAGAGCCACAACCACACCACACACAUCCACCCACGAGAAUUGUACGCAAAGCAAAUUAAGAGAAAUAAUUCAUAAUGCAAGCCUAAUUGUAAGCAGCUGAGUAAAAGGUAAAGAAGCAACAACAGAAAUUUAAGCAAAAAGAAUAUUAAUAACUAUAAAUAUAGCUAAAGUAAUAAAUUUAUAAAUGAAUUAAUAAUUUUAGUGAGCGUUUGAUGUACAAUUUAUACGUCUGACCCCAAACCUAAUCCUUCUGCAAAAACAUUCAAGCCACGUUUUAAAAUUCAUGUGAACACAACUUAAAGAAUGCAAUUGAUUAUUCCUAUCUUUAUUUUUGAGUACGCCCAAAGCAAGUGUUUAACGUGAAGUGAUUAUGAUAAUCUGUAUGAAAGUUGUUUUAUCUAUUAGUUGAUAUGAUGUGGAAUCAAUUCCAAUUAUAUAAGCAACAGUUCUGUAAUGGAUUUGAAUUAAGUAGGACACAAAGAAUUCAUUUUGAAUAUAAAGCGUAACACAGUUUAUUGCCGAACAAAAGGAUGAGAACGCAUGCAAACACCAUCUAAACAUUGUAAAUACAUUUUGUUCUUACGUAUGAAAAAUCAAUAUAAAUAAAACGUAUAAUGAGCGUUAAAAUUUAACACAUAUGUUGUCUAUCUUUUAAAAUGGAUUUUAAAAUAUUUCCAAUGGAAUGCUUUUAUUCGCCUGUAAAAUAAAACUAAUUUGGUAACAUUUUGUAUCCACAAAAAUAUUGUUUUAUAUCGGUUCAUAAACUCUGAAUACAAUAUGACUUAUAUAAUUUUGGGAGUGUUCAAUUAAACCUGUAAUGCUUUUAUUUUCUAUUAAAUCGAAUUUUUAAACAAA